AACAUUUCCUCAACAGUUCUUCACAAGUUGUUUUCCGAGAUAUCAUGUGACAGGCCGUACCAACCUCUUACUGAAAAGACAGACAUCAGGGGAACAGGGACUCCCUUCAGAAAGUCCCUACAGAUGGAGGGGGGAGCAGGAAACGUCCCCAGCACCUCUGGAUCCCAGCGAGGGGAGGAUGAUGCAACCAAAAAACGCAAGAAAAGAAAUAAGGAACAAAGGCCAGGAUACCACAACAAGAAGGUCAAAGACAAAGAGAGGAGGAAAAAGAAGAAUCAGAAAACACAAAAGAGCACCUCCAGUGUAAAGAAAGAUGCAGAUUCUGAAAAUGAAGACACAGAUAAAGGUGAGAUGGAGGUUGUAGGAACAAGCAGCCAAACUGAGGAGACUCGGCCCGUAGAAACGCAACAUGUGGAUCCACAAGCGGAAGACAAAGUUCAGACUGUGGAAGAACAAAGCCACGGGGAUGCUAAGAUGGUGCAAGCUCACACUCAAACUCCCAUUGUUUGUCAGAACGACCAGGAAACACAGACCGACUUCUCUGAGGCAAAACAAGACGAUGAGAAGACUCAACCUGAGACGGAGACGAAGAAGCCAAAAGAUACAACUAAAUACACACAAACUCCUGUUGUUUGUCACAGCGACCAGGAAACACAGACCGACUUCCCUGAGGCAAAACAAGACGAUGAGAAGACUCAACCUGAGACGGAGACGAAGAAGCCAAAAGAUACAACUAAAUACACACAAACUCCUGUUGUUUGUCACAGCGACCAGGAAACACAGACCGACUUCUCUGAGACAAAACAAGACGAUGAGAAGACUCAACCUGAGACGGAGGAGAAGAAACAAGACACGCCAGAAGUCAAAAUGCAAAACACUGUUCAGACUCAGUUAAAGCAAAAUGCAAACAAAGGCAAUGACAAAGCAGCAUCAGAGUCAACCGAGAAGCAAAACCCUGAGAAGGAGUCAAAGUCUAAAGAGGAGAAUCCCUCUGCCAAACCCAAGUCAUGGGCCAAAGUAGUGUCUGGAGAGGGUGGGAGUCAGAAACAGUCCAAUGUGGAAGCCUCCAAAGCAGCGGAUAAAAACACAAAAACACCCCAAAGCACACGGGAUCGAAGCCCAGUGAGAUAUCCACCCACUGCUCCCAUGUUCACCGUUCACAUCUACGCAGUGCUGGAAGAAAAGUUUAGAUUCAACCAAGAACAAGACACGCUUAUGAUGUGUUAUGAUGAAGGGCAAACACCCUUUAAGAUUACGCACUUUGUUGGACUACAACAGGGAGGAUAUCUGGUGGAAGCAAGUUUUUCCGUUGAAGAGCGGGAAUUGACAAGAGGCGAGUUCUGGGCGUAUUGGUAUGGUGUGAAGCAACGAUCCAAAGACAUAAAGACAGGAAUCACUAAAAGACACGUUCAUAUCCCAUUCAACACAAACAUUAAAGUUUUUGGGAGUCUGGCCUUCAGAUGAUCGGUUUACACAGAUCAAAAAGUGUUGCGGUAUCAGAAGCCUGGCAGGCCUCAGCGGGGACUCUGCUGAAUAGCAUCUUCCAGAAAUGGAACC